AUGCACAUCAAGAGCCCAAGUCUCAAUGGAUCGUUGUUGAAGAUUGCUGUGGAAGAACUGACCAAGCAGGGCUGCAAUGUCACCGUGUCAGAUUUAUACGCCAUGCAGUUUGAACCCAGAGCAACAAGAAAUGACAUUGUUGGUCGCCUGCACAACUCAGAAGCAUUCAAUUAUGGUGUGGAAACCUGGGAAGCUUACAAGAGAGGAGGUUUGUCCAAAGACGUGGUUGAAGAGCAGAAGAAGGUGCAGGAAGCAGACCUGCUGAUUUUCCAGUUUCCCUUGUUUUGGUUCAACAUGCCUGCAAUCCUGAAGGGCUGGAUGGACAGAGUCUUGGUCCAAGGCUUUGCUUACGAUUUGUCAAAGGCUUAUGAUGGUGGUUUGCUCCAGGGCAAACUAUCUCUGUUUUCUUUCACCACGGGAGGAAGCCAAGAGAUGUAUUCAAAAGGGAGUAUCAGUGGUGAUAUUCGCUAUGUCCUGUGGCCCAUGCAGCAUGGAAUCAUGCACUUCUGUGGUGUCAGAGUCCUUGAACCUCACAUCUGUUAUGCUCCAGAGAAUGUCUCUGAGGAGAAGAGGAAGGAGAUGCUGACUGCCUGGACCCAGCGUCUGAAGACCCUUUGGGAGGAAGAACCCAUAGACUGCUCUCCUGAGUGGUAUUUCAAGUAG